GGUGUGAUACCCUAGAUGAGCCGAGUAGCGCGACAUUACCCUUCUGUCUAGCACGCAAAAGACCAGGGGCUGUUUAUUGAACCUUCAUGCUUCAGCCCUUUUGAGCUAUUUGGGUUGAAAAGAUGGGGUUCUUUGCCUCUAGAAUAGCGGUAACUCUCUUCCUUACGUUAUGGAUCUGCAGAACACAGGGACAACACGGCGGUAUGGAGAAUCAAAUCCCUACAAUUUUAGAUCCAGAGUUGAAAGGUGACCCUGGCGAGAAAGGAAACGCAGGGAGAACUGGAGACCAGGGUUUCCCUGGUGACAGGGGUGAAACUGGUGAACCUGGACUUCCUGGCGCUGAUGGACCCCCUGGCCCUCCAGGCCCUACCGGUGGCCGGGGACCAAUUGGACCCCCUGGACCUCCAGGUAGCCCAGUGAUCACUGUUGUUGGAGUUCCAGGAGUACCGGGACGGAGAGGUGAGAAAGGUCCACCGGGAAAGGAUGGCCCUCCGGGAAGCCCUGGAGCUCCGGGUGAAACAGGGCAGCCAGGACGACCAGGACUUAAUGGAACUCGAGGCCCUCCUGGAUUGCAAGGUCCUCCAGGACUUCCAGGCCCACCAGGUGAAAAAGGACCGGACGGACCCAAAGGUGUGGACGGAUUCAAAGGAGACACUGGAUUGCGUGGGAGGAAAGGCCCAAAGGGAGUCCGGGGUGAUGUUGGAAGAAAGGGUUCUGAUGGUUUCCCUGGUACACCAGGAAAAAAUGGAACUGAUGGAGCAGCUGGCGAUCAGGGAGAGACUGGGCCUGAUGGGCCUUCAGGACCACCAGGAGCUCUUGGAUCCCGCGGAAGUGCCGGUCCAGCUGGCGCACCUGGACCCCAAGGUGUCCAGGGAACACCUGGGGUGCCCGGUCUUCCUGGAGCGAAAGGAGCCACAGGUGACCCAGGUGUCGAGGGAGAAAGGGGCAAACAGGGUUUACCAGGACGACGAGGUGCACAGGGACCCCAGGGAGAAAGAGGAACUGAUGGUGCUCCUGGUCAAGAUGGCGAGGAAGGGCAGAAAGGAGCACAGGGUGAUCCUGGACCGACUGGACCACAGGGAUUACCAGGCGCCCCAGGAAAACCGGGCAAUCCUGGUGAAGAUGGAGCCUUUGGGCCACCAGGAGCCCAGGGUGAGACUGGAUCAUCAGGCCCUCCCGGCCUUCCUGGUGAGAGUGGCGAAAGGGGUGAUACAGGCCCCCAGGGUGAACCAGGGCCACGAGGUCCCCCAGGACGGCAAGGAAGUCGCGGCAAGCCAGGAGCCUUGGGAGCAUCUGGUGAACAAGGACCUCCGGGUGAGCGUGGUCCCCCAGGAGCUGCUGGAGCUGCAGGACUUCCUGGCCAAGAUGGUGCUUCAGGAGAACCAGGAGCCAGUGGCCAAGAUGGACAAAAGGGAGAACGGGGUCCUGAUGGUGUUCCAGGCGAAGAUGGUUUAUUUGGUCCAAGGGGACCCUCCGGAGCACCUGGUGAUCCCGGAUCUGACGGACGAGAUGGCGAGAAGGGUGCUGCCGGAAAGGAUGGUGAACCGGGUAAAGUUGGACCACCGGGCCCUCCUGGACCCAAUGGUGGCAUGGGAAUGUCUGGCAAGAAAGGAGAACAGGGUGCACCUGGAAAGGCAGGAGCUUCUGGUGCAGUUGGACCUAAAGGCCCUCAGGGGGCCCAUGGUGAUUUUGGAGACCGAGGAGAAACUGGGACACCUGGAGCUGAUGGUGCUCCUGGUCUGCGAGGUUUUCCAGGCCCAGUUGGUCCUUCAGGACUAAUGGGAGCCCAAGGUGAACCUGGCGCGGCUGGUGCCCCUGGACCAGAUGGAAAGUCGGGCCCGCCUGGAGAGCGAGGACAAGAUGGCAUCCCUGGAGACCCUGGCUCUGUCGGACCACAAGGAGAGAGAGGUCCUCAAGGCGAACCGGGUGUAAAAGGUGAAAAGGGAAAACCUGGAGAGAAUGGAGUGGAUGGAACACCUGGAGAACGUGGCGAAAAAGGCCCUCAGGGCUCGCAAGGAAAUGCUGGGGCAUCGGGUCCACCUGGACGUCCUGGCCCACCAGGUCCCCCUGGAAGCAAAGGAGAUACAGGAGACACUGGUCCAUCCGGAGCCCGAGGAAACCCCGGAAGGGAUGGCAAAAGGGGAUUUGCAGGAACACCCGGAGCUCCCGGUGCCCCCGGUGAGCGUGGAUCAAGGGGUGCCCCUGGCAGUUUUGGAACACCGGGCGUCCCUGGAGAUUCUGGCCUUGCUGGUCCACGCGGUGCUCCCGGUGUACCCGGACCUCCUGGUGAGAACGGAGCAGACGUAAGUUGAAAAUUGCCAUCUUCAUUAGCUGUCAUUGUUGGUAGUAGUAGUAG